CCCAUCGACAGUUGGUAAAAAAACCAUAGUAAAACAUUUUAUCAAACGGUUUGAAAUUUACUUUGUCUUAACAAUUUAAUCUUUUAAAUAAUAAUAUAAUAUAAGUAAACAGCUCUUUUCACCAUUAAAAUUUAUAAAAAUGAUACUUUUCUGUGUUUUAAUACCGUAUGCUUUUGUGAAUGUCUUGGCCGUUAAUAUAGAUGAAUAUACUACAAUGGUUGACAUUACAAGUGGACAUAUCGAGGCUGCAAUUAACAAGAAAAUUGAGAAUGAAACUUUGAAUGGAUUCGAAUGUACCCUUAGGAGCAUUGUUCGUGGAAAAAAAUAUUCGUUCGAGAAAGUUCUUUUAUUAGCAGAACCAGGAUACAUGAGCUUCUAUAAAAAACUGCAAGACGAAAUAUCCAGUGUUACAGGUCUUGCUAAACCUUCGCCAACUGAAGUUACAGGUUUAACUUUGGAGGAUCUUGGAGAUAAAAUAAGAAAAAAUACUAGACAAGCAUUAUGAAAUCUUAUGUUUGACGAUAUUAUGUUACCCAAGUAUGACUCUAAAAACCAAGCUAAAGAAUAUACUGAUACACAGAAAUGUCAAGUUAUAGGAUUGGUACUGAGUUGUAUAAGCCCUUUAAAGCGUACUGUAAAAGUGUCGUUUACACAUACUACUACUACUGUGCUCACUUGUACCAUAAAGGAUAUAAAAAACAACACUAGAAAAUACGAAGAGUCGCAGAAUGAAUUUUGGGAAGUAAGAUACGACGAUGGCAAAAAAAAAUAUAUAGGAAGACUUUUUGAUCAGGUAGAAGUUGAAUCAGAAAAUUAACGAAUCCCUUUAAAAUUAAAUAUUUUUUAAAAGCAAACUAUAAAUAAAUAAAUAAAUCAAUUUAAUACACAAACUAUAUUUUACAAUUUUGGUUGUAUAAAAUCAUAUUUUACAUAUGCACUCAUAUCUUUGUUGUCAAAUAAUUGUAUGUAUCUUAUGAUUAAAAAGGUAUC